AUGUACACACAAAAAAUAAAAGAUGAUGUUAAUGGCACAGAGGCCUUGGAAACCUCAGGCCCGGCAGGUGUGGGUGAGCUCGCCACACCGGUCGUUAUCAGUAGCUCCGGAAAUGCGCAAUUGAAUACGGAACGGAAAAGUUGGAAAAAUUGGACAACGGACGUACUCAGGUUAAGAGGAGGGGGAGACCCCAAAUCUGAAACCGCAAACAAUGAUGAUGGCACAAAUGCAAGUGCAAGUGGUGCCAUGGCCGUAGACCAGAGUGACAGCAGAAGGAAACACAGGGGCAAUAUAGACAGUGUAGCCCUCUUGAAAGAAUUAAACAAUCACAUCGGGUGUAUUGAGCAAACAAUAAUUGUUGAAAGGAGUAAAAAGCUCACAGCAGGCCGUGCGGACAUUAUCGCCGGCAGACUAAAAGCUAUUAGGGAUAUACAUAGUGACAUCUGUAUGGAAAAUAGCAGGCUGAAAGGAGUCACCCAAUUUAGUGCGUCCGAGCUUAAGGGACUAUUGGACACAUUCUCCAGGGCCCAGGCCGAGAAGGGCAAGGAGAUUGAGGAGCUCCGCCUUGAGAAUUUAAUUCUCAAGGAAAGACUUGAAGAGGCAUCUAAAGGUGAGGAUCAAAACCAGGAGAAAAGAACUGUUACCUAUGCCACUAUAACAGGCACAAGUGCGGAGGUGGAUGCCGCUCCCAAACCAGCAGUGGUUAAACCCGCUAACAAUAAAAAACCAACCUCCAGAGCUUCCAAGAAAAAAGUCUUGGAGAAAUGCAGGCAGACAGAGGUUAAGACACGCUUUGUUGUUGAGGUGCCGCCGGGCAUGACGGUGGCCCAGGUCAAGACUGACCUGUGGCAAACAGUCCAAAGGAAGUUGCCAAACCCCAGGGCAAAAACAAUUAUACAGGGCAAUUCACUGAUUGUUCUACCGAACGACAAGCAGACGUUCGAGGUGUUGAAUAGGGUGAAUAAUGUAAGGGCGGUAGGGCCAAGACAGCCCAAGGUCAUCAUCUACGACGUAGAUGAUGACAUAGCAAGUAACCAGAUUGCCCACGGCAUUAUGGAGCAAAACCCGGAGCUUGAGCUCAGUCAAGAUGAUGUCGAGAGCAUGGUAGUUAGCCAUAAGCUGGGCCCUAGGGAUAAGGGUACUUCCCACUGGGUACUGGAGACCCACCCUAGCGUGCUCAAGAAGCUUGAAAAUAAGUCGGUCUUCCUUGGUAUGACCAGAUGUAGGGUCAGGUUGUACCAAAGCAUAACGCAGUGCUACAAGUGCCAGAAAUAUGGGCACACAUCGGCUAAAUGUAAACAGGAAACGUCCACCUGCAAACACUGUGCAGGGCCGCACGACAGUCGCGAGUGCAGCGACAAAGCCAACAAAAAGUGCAUAAACUGCAAAGGCCAGCACACAGCGUCAAGUGCCGCAUGUAAGACCCGUGAACAGGCAUUGCGAAGCCUACUGAGGCGAACGGAUUUCGGUACUCAAUGA